AUGGAGCACAACCGACGACGUCGAGCCCCCUCCGGCUCUCCGGCCACGGCUGUGCCUCUGGUCGUCGCGGUUUGUCUGCUCCUCUUCUUCGUCCUCUCGUGUACGACGAUUCGAGGGGCGCAAUCGCUGGCGGUGGCCGGAUCGGGCGAGGCGUCGUUGGUCGACGUCUACACGGGCCUGGGCUCGGCCUACCUCUACUCCAAGGACGUCAUCUCCGUGUCCUUCACGGCCAGCACCAACGUCACCACCACCCUCAACGCCCUCCCCGCCGGUCGCGUCUACUUCGUGGGGACCUCGAGCACCGUGAGCCGCUUCUACGCCGGGUCCGCCGGCUCCUACGCGCAGAUACCGGUCAUGGCCACGGCCAUGGUCGCCGCCUACCCGACGGCCGUGUUCAGCCCCAAGGUGGCGGGCGCGGUGCUCACCCUGCCCACGGCGGUGGUGGCCGGCAUGUGGAACGGGACCUACACGAGCUGGGAGGACGCCGGCGUGGUGGCGCCCAACGCCAACAUGAACCUGCCCAACACCUCGAACGGCGCGUCGUCGUCGGAGCUGACCAUCAUCUACUGCAACGACGUGCUGGGCGAGGGCGGAGUGCUGGCCAACUACCUGUCGGCCAUCGACCCGGGCAUGGCGGCGGUGUUCGCGCAGCGGGGCGCGGCCGGGUUCGGCGGGCUGGCGGCGGUGACGGGCGGGCGCGCGUUCUCGGGGUGCAGCGUGGCGGCCAAGCAGGCCCUGCUGGCGGCCCACCCGAACUCGGUCGUGUUCACGAUGUACCCGGACUACAAGAAGAACGGGACGGGCCUGGCCUACGCGCAGAUGACGGACCGGAGCGGCGCGCUGGUGACCCUCGACGCGGCCCUGACGGCGGUGACGAAGGCCAUGACGACGGCGGCCUCGUACGACGGCUCGCUGGUGUUCGAUCUCACCAACCAGGCCAACGGGUCGUGGCCGCUGGCGGCCAUGUCGUCGGUGGUGACCUACAACUACACCGCGAGCGGCGCGUCGGACUCGAUCGACUGCGCCACGAUCAAGGAGGUGCUCUCCUUCCUGAGCUGGACCCAGAUCAACGACAACGCCAUCGCCCUCAUCAAGGCCUCGGGCCUCAUCGUGCUCAGCGGCCGGCAGCGCGUGAACAUGCUCGACCACCUGUCCGAGGUGGUGUGCAACGGGCAGGAGGCCCUCACGACGGCCUUCCUCCUGGGCAUGGGCCCGGCCAUCCCGACCUACACCUCGUGGGCCACCGAGUACGGCUCGUCGGGCUUCACCCUCAAGUACUUUGCCACGUCCUCGGUCGAGGGCCUGGCGAGCAUGGGCGACAACUCGAUGGACUUUGCCUCGACGGGCGCGCCGCUCACGGCCGCCCAGCAGGCCGCGCUGCCCGACGUGAUCACCGUGCCCAUGGUCUCCUACGCCUUCGUCUUCAACUACAACAUGCCCGAACUCAUCAACACCGACUACCGCAUCACCCUCUCCUUCCAAAUCGUUUCCGAUAUCUACAUGAACCGCAUCCAGACGUGGGACCACCCGGACAUUCUGGCGCUCAACCAGGAGAUCGCGCACCUGCUGCCGGUCAACCAGCCCAUCAUCGUGACCUACUUCACGACGGCGCAGGUCACGGCGCAGGCCAUCAACCAGGCGCUGAGCCUGAACGUGCCCGAGUUCGCCCAGAACAUCGGCUACGACGGCGUGCCGGUCUACCCCGUGGCGAGCGAGGUCAACCGCACCAAGCCGUGCGCCACGCUCAACGACGCGACGGCGGCCAUGCGCACGCCUUACGCUCUCGGCCAGGGCGUGUCCUUCACCGCGCUGUCGUCGGCCACCCUGCGGCCGGCCUCGAUGAAGAUCAACGACACGGUGCUCACGCCGUCGCGGAGCAGCAUCGUGGCGGGCAUCUCCAACGCCGCGUCGCCCACCGACCUGCUCAUCCUCUCAUCGCCGGGCAACGGAAGCUGGCCCAUGAUCUCGACCAACGCGUUGGCGGUGCACUCGCGCGACAUGGUGGACUGCACCAAGGCCAAGGAGCUGGUGGGCUGGAUCUACUGGACGCAGACCGACCCGACGGCGGCCAACAUCGCGCAGGCCAACAAGCUCAUCGUCGCCGGCCAGUCGGCGCCCGUCAAGCGGGCCAUGCUCAACUUCAUCGCCAACAUCACCUGCGACGGCGAGCCCGUGAGCGCCCUGGCCUACUGCAUCACCCAGGGCACCAUCUGCUCCGACCACGGCGCCUGCUUCUCCAACAAGUGCGUGUGCGACGACGACUGGAAGGGCACCUACUGCGAGAGCCCCAUCUCCUCAGACAGCUCAUCGAGUAGCGACGUGGUGGUCCCGCUGCUGGCCUCCUUCCUGCCCGUGCUGGCCGGGCUCAUCGUGCUGGGCCUCCUCCUGGGCUUCUUCCUCUACUGGCGGCUGCGGCACAUGAAGAAGAAGGACGAGUGGGAGAUCCCCUACAGCGAGGUCGACCUCGGCGACCCGCUCGGCCAGGGCGGCUACGGCAGCGUCUACAAGUCCGAGUGGCGCGGCACCCAGGUGGCCGUCAAGGUGCUCAUCGACGGCCGCGUGACCAAGGAGAUGGAGCGCAGCUUCCACGAAGAGGUGUCGAUCAUGUCCAGCCUGAGGCAUCCCAACGUGGUGCUCUUCAUGGGGGCCUGCACGAAGCCUCCGCACCUGUUCAUUAUCAUGGAGUACAUGGCCCUGGGCUCGCUCUUUGAUCUGCUGCACAACGAACUCGUGCCGGACAUUCCUGCGCUGCUCCGCACGAAGAUGCUCUACCAGGCGGCCAAGGGCAUGCACUUCCUCCAUUCGUCGGGCGUCGUGCAUUGCGACCUCAAGUCGCUCAACCUGCUGCUCGACUCCAAGUGGAACCUCAAGGUGAGCGACUUCGGCCUCACCAAGGUGAAGGGUGAACUCCUCCGGAACGGCUCCCACUCAAGAUCCGCUGGCGCCGUUGGCACGAUCCACUGGACCGCGCCUGAGGUCCUCGCCGAGAGCGACACAGUCGACUACGUGCUUGCCGAUAUCUACUCGUAUGGUAUCGUGAUGUGGGAAACGUUCACGCGGCAGCAGCCGUACGACGGCAUGUCACCCGCGGCCAUCGCCGUAUCGGUCCUGCGAAACAACUACCGUCCUUCGAUACCCGAGGGCUACGACCUGUCGGCCCUCCCUACGGGUCUGCUCGACGACGUGUCGUUCUCGUCGGCCACCGGCUCGCACCACUCGGCCUUCCCCGGGGCUUCGUCGCAGUCGCAGGCCUUCAACGGGCGCUAUGUGAACAGCCCCGAGUACGACCAGGACCUCAAGUACCUGCACCUGAUGACGCAGUGCUGGCACCAGGACCCGGUCAUGCGCCCCAGCUUCCUCGAGAUCAUGACCCAGCUGUCCACCAACGACUACGGCGGCGGGAGCAAGUCGGGCGGCUCGUCGUCGUCCUCGUCGUCGAUGGCCUCCUACCCCGACAUCCGGCGCAUGCAGGCCCGGCGCAACCACGACGGACAGUCGACCCUGGCCUCGACCAACAGCGACCCACUUUCGUCGUCGGCCUCGCUCAACUCGGGCUCGAUGGAGCUGGACGCCAAGUCGGGCAUCCACAUCCCCGCGUUCAAGUACAAGGUCAAGAUCGACGAGGCCGGCAACCUGGUGGGCCGCUACGGCACCAACGAGGCCAUGCUCAGCAACGACAACGUCGCAGCCGUGUUCCUCGAUGUCACCUCUGCCCACGUCCUGUGGCAGCGAGCCCCGGAGGCCAUGGUGGAGACCAUGCUGCUCUACAACGAACUCGUGCGCGCCCUCGCCGUCCGCCACCACGGCCACGAGACCAUGGUGGGCGACCGCGGCAACUCCGAGGGCUCCAUGUGCCUGCUCUUCAACGACCCCGAGGCGGCGUGCAUGAUGUGCUUCGACCUGCAGAAAGAGCUGCUCGAGCUGUCCUGGCCCAAGAAGCUGCUCGCCGUGCCGCAGGCCGAGGAGGUGAUCGACCCUGUCACGGAGAACGUGAUUUUCCGCGGCCCGCGCGUGCGCUGCGGCAUCCACGUAGGCCGCAUCGCCGCCAAGCGUGGCAACGACAUCCGCAAGGCCGGCCUCAAGCACAGCGGACCCGCGAUCGAAGCUGCCAUGAAGCUGGCUUCGGUGGCCAAGCCCGGCCAGAUCGUGAUCUCGGCCAACGUCCGCAACCGGCUCAUCGAGAGCGGCCUCGUCAAGAAGAAGAAGUCCAAGGCCUUGGACAACGGCGAUCAGAGCGGAGGCAAGAAGCGCGACGACGCCAAGUCCAUCAAGACCAGCUUCCUCCGCAAGGUGGAGCUGCCCAUCUCCGCGCCUCGAGCCUCCGGCUCGUUUGCCGUCGAAGACGUGCGCUCGAGCGAAGAUCGCAACGGCCGCGAGCGUCGCGACUCCGACCUGGCCGAUGUCAAGGCGUUUGAGAUGAAGGUGCCCGGGCUCUACCGAUUCUACGAAAACGAGGGUGCCGAUGACAGCGAGAACAGCGAGCGCGACGGAUCCUCCUCGCAGCAGGUGCAGGUCGCGCGUCAUGGUCGCGGCACGGUCGAGGGCGACGCCGAGACGUGGCUCAACUCGGCCAACAUGUGCCCCUGGAUCAUCGACUACUCCAAGGUCACCGUCUACGACGACAAGCCCCUCGGCUCGGGUUCCUACGGCGUGGUCUACCGCGGCAAGUGGCAGAACGUGGACAUCGCCGUCAAGCGCUUCAUCAAGCAGACCAUGAACGAACGCCAUAUCCUCGAAUUCAGGUCGGAGAUGAGCAUUCUCUCAGGCCUGCACCACCCCAACAUCAUCACGUUCGUGGGGGCUUGCGUGGUCGAGCCCAACUUGUGCAUCAUCACCGAGUACAUGAAGAACGGCAACUUGCGCCACAUCCUCUCCUCGUCGGUCAAGCUGAGCUUCAACGAUCGGAUGCGCAUGCUCCUGCACACGGCCCAGGGCCUGCAGUACCUGCACGACACCGUGUCCCCGUCCAUCAUCCACCGCGACCUCAAGUGCUCCAACAUCCUCGUCGACGAGACCAACGGCGUUUGGACGGUCAAGAUCGCCGACUUCGGCUUCGCGCGGGUCAAGGAGACCAACACCACGAUGACCCGUUGCGGCACGCCCUCGUGGAUUGCGCCGGAGAUCAUCCGCGGCGAGAAGUACACCGAGAAGGCCGACAUCUACAGCUUGGGUAUCAUCAUGUGGGAGGUGCUGACGCGGCGAGUACCCUACGAGGGCCUCAACUUCAUGGCUGUGUCCCUGCACGUGCUCGACAACAACCGACCGGAUGUCCCUGACAACUGCCCAGCGGACUUCAAGAAGAUGAUGACCCGCUGCUGGCACCCCAAGGCGCACAAGCGCCCCUCCAUCACGGACGUGGUGGGCUUCUUCAAGCAGCUGGUCGGGGCGUCGCCCUUCGACGUGUAA